CGGAAGGUGGGACGUGUCCGAACGUGGCGGAGGUACGUGGGCCGGCGCGCGCACGUCGGGGUGUGCGGAGCCGACUUAUUUUUAAGGCGGCCAGCGGCGAGACACGCACAUUCGGUGACUUCCCGAAAACUCCCGCGGACCGGUGAAGGCGACCAGAAUGGAAAUGCAGACGGAAAAACAAAGGCCCAAUAACGGCCAGUUGAUUUCGGUGCCUCACAAGGAUACAAUCCGUCUGCUGGAGGUUUACGUCAAGCGCAGCCUCAGCCUGAACGAUGGGGCUCUGGGGGAAGAGAGGUCUGGGAGGAAAGAAAAGUGGGUGACAAAAAAGCCGAGACGACAUUCCAGUGACCCUUCCCUUCACCUGGCCGAGGGAUUGGACGACAGGGAAACUGGUGUAUUUUCUGCGUUCGAACCUCCCGCAAAUCAGCCUGAAACAUGUCCUGAGGAAUCAGAGAAGCCGGCCAAAAAAUCAAGGAAGAACAAGAAACAGUCAUUUUGGAAAGAUAUAUUAAGCUUUUUCUCUCGCAAGAGUAAUGAGGACAAAGAUGAAGAGCAGGCCAGUCCUUCAGAGACGCCAAAGGACUCCACGGCAGAAGUGGCCUCUGAUGCUGCCACCGCCUGCCUGCCCGCAACUCCAGUCACUUCGCAAAAGAAGAAGUCCAUGAGAAGAAAGUCCUUAAAAAGAAGAUUCUCCAAAAGGCGGCUGUCUCUGAUAAAACCAAACAAACCCGGUAAAGAUCUCAUCCCUGCUGACAUCACUGAUAUUGAAGCUGUUAUCAGGGUGGAACCGACAUACUCGUACUAUGAGAAAGUGUCAGAGGAAAUGGAAAAAAUUGUCCACGAGGUCAAAGAAAACGAGGAAGUUAAACGUCUCUCAGAUGAGGAAGUAAUCAACAGGAUCAUUGCUUUGACAAAGGAGCAGGGUGACGCCAUAGAUGACAAGCUGAGAGAUAACCCCACCCUGAGCAGCUUCUUCCAGCGGAUGACGUACUCUUCCUUCCAGAAGCUGGCUGAUGCCUAUCUCGAAAAAGAGGCGUCGCCGAGCCAAAGUCGUCCCACCGUCCCACCGACAGCACCCGAGCUGGUCAAGCUGGCCUUUACGCUCGACUUUACAGCCAGGAUAGCCGGGCUCUCCAUGCAGAAUUUAGGUCACAUUACAGGCCUGGGGAACCGUUAUCUACGGGACCGAUUUGAAUACCAACAGGCAUGUACAGAUCAUCCAUGGUCCGACAGUGAUGACUGAAACACGGCCAUGCGAAAGCAACACCACUGCUCCAAGGGAAACCUUUACUGUUCAUAUUUUCUCAGCGCCAGAUGUGGUUAAGGAGGUUUUGCAAGCACAAGUUCCCUUUUAAAAACAUUUGUUUUUAAGAGCAGAAGAGCUACAACUUCUUAGUCCGUGUACAAGCUCAAAAUAUUUCAUUUUUAAACUGAAACUGUUUGCAACACAGUGUUUACUAAAAAAAAAACUGUUGAAUGGCUUUGGUAGACUUGAGUCUGUGCUUCGCAUCGAAGAUCAGAUUGAAAUGUCUUAAAUCAUGUUGCAGUAUUUCAGAAUCACAUACUUCUACUUAUGACACUACAAAUAUGAUGCUCUUUUGACAAAUCCAACAUUGAAUAAGAUACUUUCUGUACAUUGAUUUGUGAUAAUAGGAAAGAGCAGUGCAAUAACCUUUGAGAUAUAAUAUAGAAGCUAGACAACUCUGUGCAAUAUGUUUUUUACAUUUCUAGGAUUUAAAAUGUUAUUUAAAAGAAGCUCAACUAAAAUGUGAAAUGAUUGUUGAUAUGAGUGCUGGCAUUCAUAUUACAUACUCAAAUAAAAGAUAUUUAAUUUAA